AUGAAGUUCGCGUGGUUGCUCGCUGCCCUUUCUGCUACGGUGCUGGCAGCGCCCGAAAAGCGCGACGACGAUGCUGCUCCGACGACGACUGAUUCGGCCGAUGCCGUCAAUUGGUCUUCGCUUGGCCAAGCCCUAAAAUCCAUCACGCUUACGAUGCCGACAGGAACGUGCCCCCCCUCGGCGCUGGCUCAGCUGGUGGUUCCCGCUCAGCGAAGCGCGCUCGCCAGCGAGAUCGAUGCCGGGCACACCCCCUCCUGGUACCUUGCGCUCCCCAGUGACGUCAAGAGCUACAUGGCCGAGGUGAAGAAGGAAAUGGCCGACGGGGCAUUGACAGCGACGACGGGCAAGUACGCCCCUGCGAAGGCUACGGCCGAGAGCACGAAGGACGGUGGCGCAUCGUCCACAACAUCAUCAGGAAUGGCCGCGGCAAGAGCGCAGCCGACGGGCGGGUUGGUGCUGGGCGGAAUGGGGGCCUUGGGGGUGCUCGGGGUAGCAUUGGCGCUGUGA